UUCUAAUCAUAAAGCAUCAGCUCACUGACGACAGAGGCACAAUCCCCUGCAUUAAUAGAGGGUAAUGUGAGUCCCUGUUCGGGUGAAAAUUAGAUUUUUGACCUGGGAGACCAGCGUGAACUCACUGCAGCACUGUGCUCGGCUCCACUGAUAAUAAUCCGCGCUGCACUUGACUCCGAACCGGACACACACUUGACUCCGGACCGGACACACACUUGACUCCGCGGGAGGAAACAUGUCGCGUUUGGUCGCUCGUCUCCUCGUUGCGGUUUCUCAACAACCCGCUGCUGUUAGUUUAGCGGCGAAACCCCGGAGGACCCCUCUGUUCAUCCGCCGUUUCUCUAUGUCUCCAGGCCUCCAGUCUCUCACACGUUACAACAAGACUACAGACUGGCAAAAGAAACUGACACCAGAGCAGUAUUUUGUCACAAGAGAGAAAGGAACUGAGGAGCCUUUUAGUGGAAUCUACUUGAACCAUUUUGAGGUGGGAAUGUACCACUGCGUCUCCUGUGAUGUUCCACUCUUCAGUUCAGAGGCUAAGUAUGAUUCAGGGACAGGCUGGCCAGCAUUCAAAGAGGCUCAUGGGACAUGGGAGCAAGACGAGAGCCAUGCCUCCAUCGUUCGUCGUCCUGACAACAGCCUUGGUAGUCCUGGUACAGAGAUCCUCUGUAAAAAUUGUGAUGCCCACCUUGGCCAUGUGUUUGAGGAUGGACCAGACCCAACAGGGCAGCGGUUCUGUAUAAACAGCGCAGCCCUCAAAUUUAAACCCAGAGAAAAUGGUGUAUCUGACAAAGAAGAGCAGAAGUGAUGGACUUGCAUCUGUUUUGAUUGGAGCAUUUAGCCACAACAAGUGGGCUGCCUUGUACACCAGAAGUGAAUCAGUUGAAAAAUCGAGCCCAGAAAAGUCCAAGUACUCGCUCUUAUUGAAAAAACAUGUAGUAUGUCCCCUUUAAGCAAUGCAAAUGUGUUUUUACAAAUGUUUGUUUAGUGCAUGUUGGUUAUUUUGGACUGUAAUCUGAAGGAAAUUACUCUUUUCUCUUUACUGUGCAUAUUAAUGUUUUAUUGCCAUAAAAAGUUUCUCAACAACA